UGUCCUGAGUCUACACAACUCUGCCAGGACCUAGGAUCAAGAGAGACGCUCAAGUGUUUUAGUACUUCAGUCGUUCCAAGACUGAAGACAUCCUCUGAUAAACCGAAAUAUGUAACGUUAGUGACAGUAAACAAAUUAUACUAUAAUGACAGAAACAAUCCCCGCCUGAACUCAGGAGUAAAACUCUUGAACCUCUGAACCAUAUCUUUUAAAACUAUUCGGGAGAUCAUUUUGAUGCCCAGUACAUAUUUUUCAAACUGGUACUUGGAUUAUCAAUCAACUUUUUCUCCAAUAUUGCGGAACGCCAGAGGGUAGAUAACUAGCUAGCAAGAUAUUCCCACUAGAUAACACAGCCACAAAGUACAAAUUGGCUAUAUCGUAAAAAUGUAUGAAAACAGAAAUACGCGUUUUGGUCUUAAUUUAAGGUUGGACCAUUAGAUCAGCAGUGUGGUUCGGUUUAAAAUCCGUUUAUAAGAAGAUGAAUUGUAGAAAUAUCCGGGCAAGCUUGCUAGCCCCAAAAUGUGUACAACUUCAAAGUUGCUCAACUGUUGCACAGGGGAUCAACUACUGCAUUUGAAGACACUGCCACCUGCUGACAUGUGCCUCAAAUGUGAUUAUCAAAGAGUCCUCAACAGCCAUUUGAGGUAGAUAGCUACAUAGAUUUGAUUUGACAGUUAUAAAUUACACCCAGGGGGAAGAUACCACCAGUCCGGUCCCUUACACGCCUUUCUUGUGACGUGUAUUGCGCGGCCAUAAAACGGUGACCUAUUGUGACGUAACCAAGCAUCAAUACGCUACAUGAACUGUGUUCAGAUUUGAUAUCAACAGUACAAUCUCUUUCUUCAAUCAGCUUGUUUCAGCUAAUCUUUUGCCGCAUAGUCUGCCCUAGCUGACUCUGUGCAGAGAAUACUACGAUUGAAAACGGUUGGUUAGACCCGUUCGCACUGCACAAGGUGAUUUGGAGUUUAGAAUGUCUGGUAGGCUCUUACAUUCUUUGGGGAAGUCCCAAAUGGCACCCUGUAGUGUAGUACUUUUGACCUGUGCCCAGUGGGCUCAGAUCAAAAUAAGUGCACAAGUCAAAGUAAGUGCACUAUAUAGGGAAUGGCGUGCCAUUUGUCUGUGUGUGUGUGUGUUAGGAUAUGUUUUGUGCCAAUCAAUUGAUGAAAAUGUAUCCCUCAGAAAACAAGAUGGAUCGUAGUGAUGAGAGAAUCAAAAGAGCUUUAAGGCGCCGCCCUUAUGUGUUGAAUCCAGUGAGGGUGAACUCCCCUGAUUCUGUGAUGUGGCCAACCGGUAAGGUGCACAGAAGACCAAGGCCUUCUACUUCAGCGCAGACCCCUCAGAUCCACAAAAGGCCUCCAAUCAUUGAGAACUGUGGGCAGGAACAGACAUCUGGGGAUGGACGGGACAUGAAUCCAGAGCCUCUCAGCCAGUCUGGAAGGGUGACUCGGCUGAUGGAGAGAAAUUAUGAUGGGGUGAUCUCAUCCUCCAACUCUGAUGACAUCUCUAUCUACUCCUUCACUGACUGUGAAUCUGAGAGCCCAGGGAAAGUCUCUGGUCCUGUGUCUGGCCUCUCUCCUCUUGUGACCUCAGCACCCCGGACCCUGGCUGAAGCCCUACAAGCCCUGCCCUCUGCUGUGGCCCGUCCCUCCCAAAAGGAUGUCCCAAAGCCUCCGACACCUCUAAGCCCUGUCUCUGUCAUUGUUGCUUCGCCUGCUGUGGAGUACUUACCAUACCACCGCAGCCCUCGCCUGGCCCCAAUCACCAACCUGAGUGAGAACGGCAGGAAGCUGCUCCAGAAAAUGUCAGGAGGGACGCCACAGGAAAGGAAGGUCAAAAGGAAAAAGACCAAGGGAAAAAAGCAAGUGAAGAAAGAGAAGGCCAGUAAGAUGCAGCAGGUGGAAAAUGUUGGAGAAAGUAAGGAGGACAAGAAAGAGGAAAAGACGAGUCUGAGGAAGAGGUUUCUCCAGUGGCUGCUGCCCAAACUGAGAUGUUCGAAGAAAUAAUGGCCAACUACUACUACAGCACACACACAUACUAUUGAUAUUGGUCUCAUUGUUAUAUUUUGAGACAUGCACCAUUCUUAAAAAAAUAAAAAAGACCCAAUAAUUAUAUUGGUUCCCAUACAGCCUA